ACCAGCGGCCUUCUGACCCCUAGACCGACUGCUCAGGAAAGCAUGGGCUGUGUCCAAGCCUAGUGACCGGAUGUGCCGGUGCCAACCGGGAGCUGAUGUGGGCACGUUCUCCCGGCGUCCUGCAGCCAGUGACCAGGAGCGAAGCACUGGGAUGUGCACACAGCGAUGGACGGCAAGGACUUAGAGGCUGAAAUCCACCCCUUGAAGAAUGAAGAUAGAAAAUCACAAGAAAAUCUGGGAACUCAGCUGAAAAAUGAAGAUAACUUAAAAAGCACACCUCCACAGUCCCAGCUUUCUCGCUGCCGAACAGUGGCAUUUUUCCUUUCGUUGUUCAUCUGUCUCUUUGUGGUGUUUGUGGUCUCGUUCCUCAUCCCGUGUCCAGACCGACCUGUGUCACAGCGGACGUGGAGUGUCAAUUACAGCGCGGCAGUCACCUACGGCUUCGUGGCUGUGGCGGACAUAGACAAGGACAAGGUCCAGGACGUCCUCUUUCUUUAUAGGACUUCCAGCAGUAGCGACAACUCCAGCCACUCCUGUGCUGACGAAGGUUUUACCGCCCCUUGCACCUUGGCGGUGGCUGUAUCGGGGGCCAGCGGCAGCAUGCUUUGGGAGAGGCCUGUGGCCCAAGACGUGACCCUCGUGGAAUGUGCCAGGCCCCAGCUGAGGGACAACGUGGCACCCUCUGCCUGUAUCCUCGUGGGCGGACCGGGGCCUUUCACUGCAUUCGACUUGUUCACAGGGGCUGCCAUGUGGAACCAGCCCAGCGUCCUCGGCAGGAACGUCUCCAUCCUGAGCCCUGUGCUCCAAGUGCCUGAUGUAGACAGCGAUGGGGCCCCAGACCUGCUGGUUCUUGCCCGGGAAGACCAGGAGGUGGGCGGGUACGCAUACUCAGGCCGCACCGGGCACCAGAUCGGCCGCAGAGGCAGCCUCGGCAUGGACGGGGAGGGCGGCCCCCUCCUCCACGUCACCAGGGCGGGCGCCCACUACGUCCUCCUCCCCUGCGCACGUUCCCUCUGCGGCUGCUCCCUGAAGGGGCUCUGUGAGAAGGUGACCGGAGCAGGUGGCCCAUUCCGGGAGGACCCCCAGUGGCAGCACAUGUUGAAUGGCACUUGCGGGGUGCUCUUGCACAGCACUGGUACAGUCCGCUACUUGCUGAGUGUCCCAGGGGCCGCCGGGCAGGACGUGCUCCUCAUCAGCUCGGAGGCCUGCCUGCUGCUGGAUGGGCAGGAGCUGACGCCAAGGUGGGCCCUCAGCACGGCCCAGGUCCUGAGAAAGCCCACCCUCGGCCACUACAAACCAGACACCUUGGCUGUGGUCAUUGAAAACGGAACUGGCCUCAACAGAGAGAUCCUGCUCGUGGACCUCGGCACCGGGUCCGUCCUGUGGAGCCAGGCCCUCCCAAGCCUCCCUGGGGCCCCACCAUCAGCCAGCCUGCCAACUGCAGACCUCCGCUCAGCCUUCUUCUUCUGGGGCCUCCAUGAGCUGGUCGGCACCAGCCAGACGGAGCCCGGGGUUGCCCAGCACAGCCUGUACAUGCUGCACCCCAGCCUGCCCAGUGUCCUGCUGGAGCUGGCCAGCGUCCCCAGCCAAGUCGUCACCUUCCACGCUGUCCUGUUUGAGCCCAGCCGCCAUGCUGCCUGUGUCUUCCUGACGGGCCCUGCUCACCCUGAGGCCCCUGGCCUGGUCUCCGUGACCAAGCACAGGGUGCAGGACCUCAUCCCGACCAGCAGGGUGGUGCGCCUGGGCCAGGGUGGGCCAGACAGCGACCAGGCUGUCCGGGACCGGCUCUCCCGGCUGCAGUACCGGAAUGAGGCGUAGCAGGUUGGCCCCGGCAUGGCGGUGAGACACCUGGGAGGCGUCCUUCCUGGCCUCCUGCCCAGCUCGCUAUGUCCAUCUGGAGCCCUCACACAGGCCUCACUCUGCCCUGGGCCCACGUUCAAGGCCAGGCCACCUACAGUGUCUGGGCAGAGCUCAGAGCCCUGCCACGCUCCGAUCCCCAGAGCCAGCGGCCCUUGCUUGGGAGGAGCCCAGGGCGCCCCAGGAAUCACCCUCUUUCUUCUCCUCUGUGCUGUCCUCCAGGAGUCACGGGACUCAGAGGUGGGUGGCCCCGGGUUGGCCUUUGGGCAGCAGCCAGGAGUGGCAGC